AUGAGGAUAAUUGACCCUCAAGCCGCCGUUCUGACUAAUGUCGAAGUUCUGGCCUACCUAACCUCCAAUCCACCCCGCCGACCACCAAACCCGCCGCCAGGCUCGCGAAACUGGGUGCCGAGCCCAGAUCUUAGAGACCAUAAUACAGUGAUCAAAGAGAUCCACAACUAUGCCAGUCGUCUAUCCCCACACCUUCUCCGAUACCCUCGUUACACAGCCCGCCCCUCGUCCUCGCAUUCGCAAUCACAAUCACAAGCUGCCAUGACCAGCACACUUCAAACUUCAAACUCAGCCCAUGACUCAGAAACCGCUGCGCUGCCACCUCCUGUUUCCUCCACAGAGUCCACGCCAAUGGACAACGCACUUUAUGACCUAAUUGUUCGCCUGCAGCCUUACGGACUCACCAAAGCUGAAGUCGUCAUGAUCCUCAAUCUCGGCCUCGGGCUUGGCGGCAGUGCUGGAGCUGGAGCCGAUGGAGGCGAAGAAGGUGCCAAUGGAGACGGAGCUAUGGAGGUUGAUGAACAAAAUGGCGAACAAGAGGGUGGUGAGGAGGACGAGGAGCAAACCCAGGCCGAUUAUACUGCGGAGGUAUUACUGGAUGCUGUUGUUGAAGAACGAGAACUGCGUCUUUCAGAUGAUGAUAUGAAGGCUAUAUUUGCUAUCAUUCGGGAGACACUAACAGGUGAUUAUGAGAAUGUGAAAGGGUGA